AUGCUUGAUAAGCAAAUCAAAUCGAUGCGCGAUCACGCAGACUUUGACGAGGCCAAGCGAAUGCUGUUGGAUAAGGAGAAUGAGUUCAAUUCACACGUUCAACAAGCUCGGGACCGUGUUGACGAAGCCAAACGGAACUGGGAGAACAAGGAACGGGACAUCAUCUCAGCGUUGGAUCGUGCCAAGUCUGGGGCACAGAACUACAAGCAACAGCUCGAAGACAAUCUCGCAGCGGCAGAAAAGUCUUAUGCCAGCGGCGUCGUCGCUGCCGUCGCUAAUCUGGAUCAAGCUCGUCACGACGCGGCGGUCACUAUUCAUCUGGCCGAGACAGACCUUCAGCGAGCGCAGUCUCAAAGCGAAGAGGUGAUCCGCCAAGCACAAAGCGACCUCAAUCAAAAGCGCAAUGUCUUUGGGCUCGUUUUUGGUAGCGCUCGCUCUGAUCUAGAGCAGACGAAAAAGAGCUUCGACGAAGCUAUUAUUGCGAAUGAUACGACCACUAAAGAUUUGGAAGACCUUGACCGCCGUCUCAACGAAGCAUCCCUCCUGGACAUGCCGGUUCUUCUGGCGGAGAAAGCAGCCAAAACUGCAGAGCAGGCCAUCGCAAGUGCAGCUCUGGAAGCCGCCAGAGUCGUGUUCGAAGCCGCAGAGCUGGUCAUUCAAGGGUCGGAAUUCAUCGUUGCAGAGGCUGACAUUGCUGCUGGUGAAACGGCAUUGGACAACCUGGUAAAAUUUGAGGCCGCAUCGAUGGAAACCGCCAGUGCCGCCUUUGAAGAGCUCAAAUCUCAUCAGGAGGAAAUUGUGCAGCGCGCAACUAGGGCCUUGGAAGAUGCUGAGAAGCGCUCACCUGAACUGGAAACCUCCACGCAAGCCAAAGGCUUGAUUGCAGACAGUCAAGCGGUGUUAGACUCCAUGGUCUCGCCUUCUGAGAAGGCUUUUGACGAGAGGUACAAGUGCGCAGAGUACCUUGCCGUGGCCACAGCCGAGAAGGCCCUGGCAGCCACCCAGAGCAACACGGUUGAGAUCGAACUGGCCCGGCAGGCCUGCGAGCUCGCCGAGCAAGACUCUUCUAGCUUCGCCGACGACAUAUUAGACGUGGGCCUAAACAUCGGCAAGUGGAUCGCCAGCGCUGCAGCAGAACUCGUCAAUAUCACCAGGGUUGAGUUCUCGGGAUCAAUCUCGAGCCUUAUCGCCGACGGACCGCCCUUGAUCGUCAACGUGCAGGGCAAACUCGUCGGCCAGGACAUAGACCUUCACAUCAACUGGGAACCUCACUUCAAUUUGGCCAAGUUCAUCAAGGCCAUCUUCAGCGAUCUGUGGGAGAUGAUCAAGAAUGCGGCUAGCAAGUUCCUCGAUGAGAUUGGCGCAACAAUUGUCGAGUUCGCCGAGGAUGUCGUAGAGGCUGCAGAGGAACUUGGGGAGGAGAUUGUAGAGGGAGCUGGGAAGGCGGCCGAGGUAAUCGGCGAAGGGGCUGGGAAGGUCUAUGAGGCGAUUGACGACGCCCUGGACGACGCUGGAAGUGUUUUAGGCCAUGCUGCUGAUGAUGUUGCUGAAGUGUUCGAUGAUGCUGGAAGCGCAGUAGGACACGCUGCGGAGGAUGUUGUCGAAGCCAUUGAUGAUGUCAUGAGCGAUGUAGGCUCAGUGUUUAACGAUGCCGGGAGUGCGGUUGGCCAUGCAGCUGACGACGUUGCGUCGGUGGUUGGACAUGCGGCAAGCGAUGUUGGGCAUGCCGUUGAAGAUGUGGCCAACGAUAUCGGAAACGCCUUCAAUGAUGCCGGUAAUGCAGUCGAGAAUACUUCACAAGCCGCUCAAAUGGGUCGGUUAGCUCCGUUCGUAAAGAACCGCCUAGAAUGGAUGGAUAUCCAGGAACAAAGACACAACGGACAUAGUCUGCGCGACCGGGCCACCAACGGCAAAUGGCUCGAUAUUUCGACAUCGCUCACACCUCAGGUCUUGCCCAAAUAUGACUGGAUGCCUAGUGGUCUAUCAAAAAGCCUGGGAUUAUCUGUCACCAAAUUCUACUCGGACCAGCAGCAGUCUUUAUUGCUUUCCAGGCUACCUAAGGAGAUCCGGAUAUCGAUUUGGGGCUAUGUGGUUGGUGGGCACGACGUGACGAUUGUAAGAAAGAUAGACAAGCUGUCGCAUGCGAUAUUGCCAAUGGAUACAGAAAGACUCAAGAAAGCGGAGCUGGUGCCAACUCGAAAAUCAUGGAUAGGACCAAUAGGUUAUGAGAAGCGAUACAAGGCUACCGAGACAAUGUCUGAGCUCGACAUGCUACCCCUUCUCCGAACCUGCAAGCAAAUCCAAAACUCCUUCAAAUUUCACACAAUGGAGGCCUUCUACCGGUUUCUCCUGCUCUCACCACACGACGGCCUUCAAUCGAUCCGACAUCUUACAAUCCAGUGGCCAGGCUUUGCUUACUGGGCGGUAUAUCAAGACGAGGAUACGGGAGAGCCCUUGCACGAGCAUGACGAAAGCUGGCAGGAGAUUUGUGAUGCAAUUGCUGCCAUGGACAACUUGAAAUCCCUCUCAAUCGUUGUUCCGUCGGGAAUCAACAACAGCUUCCGGAGAGUGAAGAAGCACGAUGUCAUAACCAGGAUAAGCUUACCACUUGCUGCUCUACCAGAGCACGUCGACUUCACAUUUACCAUUCCCAAAGGCCACAUACGCGCGCAUUCGCAGGCUUUACUGUGCGAGCGAGGAUGUCGGAAUCUGCGUCUCGUUGGCUUGGAUUCUCCUGUUGGGUUUAGACACAAUGACGAUGACUCGGACUGA